UGGGUUUGGGACAAGUUAGGAUUGUAUUCGGUGGGAUCGACCGCCCAGUGUGGGAUUUGGUGAGGGGAAGGCAUGCGGCCUACAGAGAGGAGGAGAGAUAGAGGGGGAGGGAGAGAGCGUUCUGCAGCACGCUAGCAGUUUUCGUUCAGAUCCAGGUCACUUCUCUCUAUGGUGGUCCCUUAGAGUUUACGUUUAUCAUGCAAAGCACAGAAAACCCUGCUUAUCGGGCUGUAUCUAUGCUACUAUCAGAGCUUAAGGACGAGGUUGAUGUUAAGAUUGUUGUGGCUGGUAUUUCAACAACCUGCAGUCAGAAAAUUCACAACCAAUUGCAAAAAACCUUGCGGUGAGCAAACAGGCAUAACCAAUUCUGCCAGAAUUGCUGGAGAAUUCCACAACCAAGGUCAUCGAGUACGGCCGGAAGCAUGUUGAGGGUCGAGAUGGCGAUAGCACCGAUGUUGGCAAGAGCGGCGAUCCCUUUUCAAGGUUUUGGGGUGUUCUUGCUAGAAAAGCCGAAGACAUUCUCGACGAUGAUGAUAAUGGAGUUCAGGAUUAUGAUUCACCCCGAACAACAAGGACGGAUAUGCUGUCUAUGCCAACAAGGGGGUAAGGCUAUGUUGGAGCAAAAACUGUGCAGGCAAAGACAUAAGAGUGAUGGGUUUUGGAAUGAAAUGCAAAGAGAGCUCAGCAUGAGGGUGCUGUUGGUUUACCUUGCCUGGAAGUUUUGCAGUGCGGGGUUGUUCAAGAAAAAAGGUUUUAAAGGAUCCUUUGCAGAUGCAGGAUCUUCUGCUAAGAUUGUGUGAGCCGUUGCUUCAGCCAAAACAGGUGCUCUCUCCAUUUUUCAUCUCUUCCAUACUCAAACCCUAGCCGCUCCACCUCUCUCUCCCACACAUAAGCAAACUCCAUCUGAAAGCCGAAGAAUCCAAAGG